UCGCUCCUUAAGGAAUCAACAGUCUCCCUAUAUUAUCCAUUUCAAAUUCAAUUCAUUUCCUAAUUUAUUGACUUCUCUUUAAUACCCCUUCUCUUUGACUCUUCCAGAUCUCUUCAUUUUACAAAAUUUGCUUUGGUUUUCUUAAUUUCCCCUACUUUUUUCUUAAUGUGAUUUAGUUGAAUCUCUCUCUUUUUUGUGCUAAAAUAAGCUGAUUUACCAGGAUUAUGCCUUCUAAUCAAUUUCUUUUAUCUGGAUUAAACUAAAUUGGAAUUACACUGUCAUUAGAUUCUGCGAGAUUGUCAGUUCCGUAGCCAUGGAAGAGGAGAGUGCUGUGGAGCUCCUACAGCGCUACAGGCGCGACAGGCGAAUAUUGUUAGAUUUUAUACUCUCUGGUAGCUUAGUUAAGAAAGUGGUAAUGCCUCCCGGUGCUGUUACGCUUGAUGAUGUAGAUUUGGAUCAAGUUAGUGUUGAUUACGUGCUAAGCUGCAUUAAAAAAGGAGGAAUGUUGGAGCUCUCUGAAGCUAUUAGAGACUAUCAUGAUCACACGGCGCUGCCCCAAAUGAAUAGUGGUGAUUCUGCUGGUGAAUUCUAUUUGGUUACAAAUCCUGAAUUCUCAGGUUCACCUCCAAGAAGGGCACCACCACCUAUCCCUGUUGCGAUAUCAUUACCAACACCAUCAGCACCUGUUUUUGCACCAUCUCCUGUUGUGUCAACUGUAUCAAGAUCAGAGUCUUUUGAUUCUGCACAUGUUCAAGAGUUAACUGUGGAUGAUAUUGAAGAUUUUGAGGAGGAGGAUGAUCUUGAGGAAGUUAAUAGUCUCAAAAUUUCAAGGCGUAACCCAAAUGAUGUUGGUGAUCUUAUACUGAAGUUGCCUUUUGCUACAGGUAUAACAGAUGAUGAUCUCCGCGAAACAGCAUACGAGAUUCUUUUAGCUUGUGCUGGUGCUUCUGGGGGUCUAAUUGUGCCAUCAAAAGAGAAGAGGAAAGAUAAGCGUUCCAGGUUGAUGAAGAAGCUUGGGCGGAGUAAGAAUGAGAAUAUUAUGUCGCAGUCUCAAAAUGCACCUGGACUGGUUGGUUUAUUGGAAACAAUGCGUGUCCAGAUGGAGAUUUCUGAGGCAAUGGACAUUAGGACGAGACAAGGAUUGCUUAAUGCUCUUUCAGGGAAAGUUGGGAAAAGAAUGGACACACUACUGAUUCCUCUGGAACUAUUGUCUUGUAUUUCACGCACAGAAUUUUCUGACAAGAAAGCAUAAAGGUGGCAAAAAAGGCAGUUGAACAUGUUGGCAGAGGGGCUUGUCAAUCACCCUGCUGUUGGAUUCGGGGAAUCUGGGCGGAAGACCAGUGAGUUUAGGAUUCUUUUGGCAAAGAUUGAGGAAUCUGAGGCUUUUCCACCUUCCACGGGUGAAGUCCAAAGAACAGAAAGUUUGAGAUCCCUAAGAGAUAUAGCUAUCCCUCUUGCUGAGAGGCCAGCUCGGGGUGACUUAACUGGAGAAGUAUGCCACUGGGCAGAUGGUUAUCAUCUGAAUGUCAGACUUUAUGAGAAACUGCUUGUCAGUGUGUUUGAUGUUUUAGAUGAGGGAAAGCUGACUGAGGAAGUGGAAGAAAUUCUUGAGCUCUUAAAGUCAACCUGGCGUGUUUUGGGAAUAACAGAGACCAUCCAUUACACUUGCUAUGCUUGGAUUUUAUUUCGUCAGUAUGUUAUCACAAGUGAGCAAGGGAUUUUGCGACAUGCCAUUGACCAGUUGAAGAAAAUACCACUGAAAGAAGAACGAGGCCCACAGGAGAGGUUACACUUAAAAAGCUUGCAUGUCAGAAUUGAUGGUGAAGAGGGUUCUCGUGAUGUUUCUUUCUUACAAUCAUUCUUAUCACCCAUCCAGAAAUGGGCUGAUAAGCAACUAGGAGACUACCACUUGAACUUUGCUGAGGGAUCAAUGGUAAUGGAGGAUAUAGUAACAAUUGCAAUGAUUGUUAGAAGACUUCUUUUGGAAGAAUCUGACAUUGGUGUGCAAUCUUCCACUGUCUCAGAUAGAGAUCAGAUAGAAUUAUAUAUAUCUUCAUCAGUUAAGAAUUCAUUUGCUAGGGUAAAUAUUGCAAGCUGUUGAUAAUCAGACACAAUGGCUGAACAUCCUUUGGCAUUGCUUGCAGAGGAGGUCAAGAAAAUUCUGAAAAAAGAUUCUACAAUUUUCAUGCCAAUUUUAUGUCAGAGGCAUCCGCAUGCAACUAUUGUUGCAGCUUCACUUUUACACAAGUUUUAUGGGAACAAGUUGAAACCUUUUGUUGAUAGUGCUGAACAUUUGACUGAGGAUGUUGUAUCCGUAUUUCCUGCUGCUGAUAACCUUGAGCAGUAUAUACUAGACCUCAUAAAAUCUGCUUGUGAAGGUGAUAAUGUGGAGAUCCAUUUCAGGAAGCUAAACCCAUACCAGAUUGAAUCUGUUUCUGGAACAGUGGUGCUGCGAUGGAUUAAUUCACAGUUGGGAAGAAUUGUAGGUUGGGUGGAGCGGACUCUUCAACAAGAGCGAUGGGACCCAAUAUCACCUCAACAGCGGCAUGGGAGUUCAAUUGUGGAAGUUUAUCGGAUUGUUGAGGAGACAGUUGAUCAAUUUUUUGGUAUUAAAGUUCCCAUGAGGCUUAUGGAACUGAAUGCUUUGUUUCGUGGCAUUGAUAAUGCAUUCCAAGUAUAUGCAAAUCAUAUUGUGGAUAAUUUAGCUAGCAAAGAUGAUCUAAUUCCACCUGUGCCGGUCCUCACUCGAUAUAGAAGAGAAGCUGGGAUAAAGGCUUUUGUGAAGAAGGAACUAUUUGAUUCUCGGCUGCCAGAUCAGAGAAGGUCCAUUGAAAUUAAUGUCCUGACAACACCAACCCUAUGUGUUCAGUUGAACACUUUAUAUUAUGCUAUUAGUCAACUGAACAAGUUGGAAGAUAGCAUCUGGGAACGCUGGACAAGGAAAAGGCCCCAUGAAAAAAUCUACAUCAGGAAAUCCAUGGAUGAUAAAUCUAAAAGUUCAACCCAGAAAGAUACCUUCGAUGGAAGCAGGAAAGAUAUAAAUUCUGCUAUUGACCGCAUUAGGGAGUUUGCUGGAACUAAAAUUAUAUUUUGGGAUUUAAGGGAGCCUUUUAUUGAGAACUUGUAUAAACCAAGUGUUUCUCAAUCUAGGUUGGAAGCAGUUAUUGAACCGCUUGAUGUGGAACUAAAUCAACUAUGUGAUAUUAUUGUGGAGCCACUAAGGGAUCGAGUAGUGACAAGUCUUCUUCAAGCAUCACUGGAAGGGUUACUUCGGGUUUUGUUAGAUGGAGGCCCAUCACGAGUUUUCUUCCCAACUGAUGCAAAGCUAUUGGAAGAGGAUUUGGAGAUCUUAAAGGAAUUCUUUAUUUCUGGAGGUGAUGGACUUCCUCGUGGAGUUGUUGAAAAUCAAGUUGCUCGUGUUCGGCUUGUUGUGAAGUUGCACGGAUUGGAGACUCGAGAAUUGGUUGAGGAUUUGAGAUCUUCAAGUGGCAGACUAGGUGCGGAUAAUCAGACACUACUAAUAUUAUGCCACAGGGCUGAUUCAGAGGCAUCCCAGUUUGUCAAGAAGCAGUAUAAGAUCCCCAAGUCUUCUGCAUAGGCCGUAGUAUGACUCAACUGGGAUUCGAUAUCCGACUUGACAUAGAAGAAAGCGGCAAAUAUGUGAAUAUAAGUUCAUCACUCCCUUUGUAAGAGAAAACAACUGGAUUUUCUUUCAUCUUUGUUUAUGACAUCUUUAAAUUACUCUCCUCUUUGUACGUUUGAAUUGUUCACAUUUGACGUGUCUACAUGCGAUGGAAAACUUUUUUGAGCCAAUUGGAGCUA